UCUCCGCCCACUCUCGCCGCGGUCUCCUGGCGGCGGCGGCUUUGUCUUGUGGGCUGGUCCCUGGCGGCUCCCUCCCCCGAACAGCUGCCACCGAGGGAGGAAGCGGCGCGGGAGCUGUCCAGCACCCCGGUGCUGAAACCCCGAGCGCUCGUCAUCCACCACCACCAUGUAAGGGCCAUGAAAAGGGCUCGUCCUGGCGCAGCGCGGACAUGGAGGAGGACUUAUUCCAGCUAAGGCAGCUGCCGGUGGUGAAAUUCCGUCGCACAGGCGAGAGUGCAAGGUCAGAGGACGACACGGCUUCGGGAGAGCAUGAGGUCCAGAUUGAAGGGGUCCGUGCAGGCCUAGAGGCCGUCGAGCUGGAUGAUGGGGCGGCUGUGCCCAAGGAGUUUGCCAAUCCCACUGACGAUACUUUCAUGGUGGAGGAUGCGGUGGAAGCUAUUGGAUUUGGAAAAUUUCAAUGGAAGCUGUCUGUUCUCACCGGCUUGGCUUGGAUGGCCGACGCCAUGGAGAUGAUGAUCCUGAGCAUCCUGGCACCGCAGCUGCACUGCGAGUGGCGGCUCCCCAGCUGGCAGGUGGCGUUGCUGACCUCGGUGGUCUUUGUCGGCAUGAUGUCCAGCUCCACCCUCUGGGGGAACAUCUCAGACCAGUAUGGCAGGAAAACAGGGCUGAAGAUCAGCGUGCUCUGGACUCUGUACUACGGCAUCCUCAGUGCUUUCGCACCCGUGUACAGCUGGAUACUGGUGCUCCGGGGCCUGGUGGGCUUCGGAAUCGGAGGGGUCCCCCAGUCGGUGACCCUGUAUGCUGAGUUCCUUCCCAUGAAAGCCAGAGCUAAGUGUAUUUUGCUGAUUGAGGUGUUCUGGGCCAUCGGGACAGUGUUCGAGGUCAUCCUGGCUGUGUUCGUGAUGCCCAGCCUGGGCUGGCGUUGGCUGCUCAUCCUCUCGGCUGUCCCGCUCCUCCUCUUUGCUGUCCUGUGUUUUUGGCUGCCAGAGAGUGCAAGAUAUGAUGUACUGUCCGGGAACCAGGAGAAGGCUAUCGCCACCUUAAAGAGGAUAGCCACAGAAAACGGAGCCCCCAUGCCUCUGGGGAAACUCAUCAUCUCCAGACAGGAAGACCGAGGCAAAAUGAGGGACCUUUUCACACCCCAUUUUAGAUGGACGACCUUGUUGCUGUGGUUUAUAUGGUUUUCCAACGCGUUUUCUUACUACGGAUUAGUUCUGCUCACCACUGAGCUCUUCCAGGCGGGAGAUGUUUGCAGCAUCUCCAGCCGGAAGAAGGCAGUAGAGGCAAAAUGCAGCCUGGCCUGCGAGUAUCUGAGCAAGGAGGAUUACAUGGACUUGCUGUGGACCACCCUCUCUGAGUUCCCAGGUGUCCUUGUGACUCUCUGGAUUAUCGACCGCCUGGGCCGCAAGAAGACCAUGGCCCUGUGCUUCGUCAUUUUCUCCUUCUGCAGCCUCCUGCUGUUUAUCUGUGUUGGAAGAAACAUGCUCACUCUGUUACUCUUCGUUGCAAGAGCCUUUAUUUCUGGAGGUUUCCAAGCAGCCUAUGUUUACACACCUGAGGUCUACCCCACGGCGACCCGAGCGCUGGGCCUGGGCACCUGCAGCGGCAUGGCGAGGGUGGGCGCUCUCAUCACCCCGUUCAUUGCUCAGGUGAUGUUGGAAUCCUCCGUGUACCUGACGCUGGCAGUUUAUAGUGGCUGCUGCCUCCUGGCUGCCCUGGCCUCCUGCUUUUUGCCCAUCGAGACCAAAGGCCGCGGACUGCAGGAGUCCAGCCACCGGGAGUGGGGCCAGGAGAUGGUCGGCCGAGGGACGCACGGCACAAGUGUCGCCAGGUCAAACUCAGGCUCUCAGGAGUAGUGACCAAGGGGGGGACUGAGGCUGUAGAGCGUGGGGAGCUGGUGGCGCCCGGCUGGGGCAUCGACAGUCACUGCCGACACCAAGGACUCACCCAAGAGUACCACCUGGACCAGGGAGGCUUUUUGUCCAGACUCUGCUCAUGUUUAUUGAGAUCCACCCGGGGAUGGGGAGGCGAUUGCUCUGGGGGGUUCUCUGUACACGUGGGGGAGGUUUGUUAAUAACCUGUGGAUCUGCAUGGGACAACUGCCACAUCGGGAGUGCCCAGUGAUGCCGGUAGCCAGCCGGACACCAGCCAGGGUCAGCCGGUCACACCCUCGGUGAACGACCACCAAAAGAUCUGUAGAUACAAUCCAGGCCCGGACCCCUGUGAGACCCGCUGCCCAGUAAGGUGACACCUGCCAUCUACUAUCUGGACCGGUUCUUAGGUUUCUUCUGCACGCCCAGCCCCAGGCUUUCUUCCUGGAAAUGGCAGGUGACUUGGGUGUGGCCUGAGCAGCUUUUUCUUGGGUCUGAGAAAUGCUCCCUUGGAAGGGGCCCCUCGGUUUGCCUCCCCAGGGUCUGAAUAGUCCUGGCAGAUGGACAUGCCUUUGAACCUGAGCCACAUGCCUCCAGCUGGCCCCCUCUGGGAGUGGCUGUCCCUGGCUCCGGGGAAUCCCAGUGGGUCCAUGGGGACAGCUGGGCUUGUACCCAAUGACAACCUCAGAAAGCUGUUACCCCCAGGAACUGGGGAUGGAGAUGAAAACCAAGCCCACAGCCAAAGCAGGGGACUCCCCUGCGGAAGCAGUGAAGGCCAAGCCAGGGGCUACUUUUCCGGCCCCCUCCUUGGUCAGGCUGAUUGGCAGCUCUCGGGGCAAGAAAACAGUUAACUCAGGUUUCAGCGCCUUGGAUUUUGAGCGUGGCGGGUGGCCGAAUGGACAGAGUAAUGGAAAGAUGCUAAACCACCCACCCGCUCCCAUCGGGGCCAGGGGACCGGAAGUCCUUCCUCCCUGGGAUUCUCUGCAGGCCCUGCUGACCUGGCCUUUCGGCAGAGGCGGCUCCGGGGAUUCCAGUAACAGGCCCCACAGCAGGGAUGCCGUGGGUAGGGAGGAACGGGAGGGCCCAGAUGUGUGAAACAUGGACAUUUUAAAAAGGAAGAGAAGGGAAGUCAACUGGGUUUGGGGGGUGACCUCAGAAGGAAAGGCUGAUACCGUGUCUCAGCCAACAACAUCCAUCUCCAGGAUCUGAUUUCUGCAAGCCUUUUCCCCACCGUGGAGGCAGAGAAGGAUGGAGGAAGCUACCAGAUCCCAUCAAAGGCCAAAGAAGACUGACCCUCUGCUCGGACAUAUCUGCUGGAAGUGAACACUGCGGGAAGCCAAAUGUGUACGUUCAUCUCUUAUUAAAACAUGUUGGUGAUGGACCUC